AAAUCUCAAAGCCUACACAGCCUACAAAUUCCCCCAAUGGGAGUCUCUCACGUCUUCCUGGCCCAGAUCACAGCCGUCACCAGGUCUCUGUCUGCAGGGGACUGGCCGGAGCUGCGGCUAGUGGGUGGCUCCAGUCGGUGUGCAGGGCGUGUGGAGAUCCUUUACCGGGGAGUCUGGGGCACUGUGUGUGAUGACCUGUGGGACCUGAAUGAAGCUGAGGUUGUGUGCAGACAGCUGGGGUGCGGUCAGGGUGUGUCUGCCCUCGGCAAGGCCUACUUUGGCCCUGGAUCGGGAGAUAUCUUCCUAGACAACCUCCAGUGUGCUGGGGUGGAGCACUUCCUUGGCCAGUGUGCCCAUUCUGGCUGGUCAGACCACAACUGUGGCCACCACGAAGAUGCUGGUGUCAUCUGCUCAGGGAACUGGCCACAGCUUCGCCUGGUGGGUGGCCCCAGUCGGUGCUCAGGACGAGUGGAGAUCCUCUACCAGGGAGUCUGGGGCACUGUAUGUGAUGACCUAUGGGGUUCAAACGAAGCUGAGGUUGUGUGCCGCCAGCUAGAGUGUGGCCAGGCUGUUUCUAGUCUCGGCGAGGCUUACUUCGGCCCAGGCUCAGGAGACAUCUUCCUGGACAACCUUCAGUGUUCUGGGAUGGAACAUUACCUUGGCCAAUGUCCACAUUCGGGAUGGUCGGAACACAACUGUGGCCACCACGAAGACGCUGGUGUUAUCUGCUCAGAUUCAGAUGGCGCCCCUCCACUCAUGCCACCAGGUACUCCUCUAAUUUCUCAGGAUCCAACAACAGGAGAAAGCAACUCUUGUGGAGGAGUCAUUUCCAGUCUCUCUGGUUCAUUUUCGAGUCCACAGUACCCACAAAACUACCCAACAGACAUCCAAUGUGUUUGGGAGAUUCAUGUGGAGAAAAACUCCCGCAUAGAACUAAUGAUUCCAAAUUUGAACCUGGAAGAUAUCAUUGGAUGUCCUUAUGACUCAAUUGAGAUCUUCGAUGGCCCCAGAAUUACAUCGCUCUCCAUGGGAAAGUUCUGUGCUCCGUCAGCUGUGGUAUUUUUCUCCUCCUCAGACAUCUUGACAGUGGUUUUCCGAAGUGAUUAUAUGACAACAAACACUGGUUUUUAUGCUUUUUUCAAUGCAAUUCCACAAGAUGGAAGGGAGUCAGAAGACAGACCAGUGCUGCGGCUGUCAGGCAGCUCCAGACGGUGCUCGGGACGCGUGGAGGUACUCCACCAGGGGGCCUGGGGCACCGUGUGUGAUGACUUGUGGGACCUGAGUGAAGCUGAGGUCGUGUGCAGACAGCUGGGGUGUGGCCAUGCCAUUGCUGCCCCCGGAAGCGCCUACUUUGGCCCAGGCUCUGGAAAUAUCCUUCUGGACAACCUUCAGUGUUCAGGAAAGGAGAACCACUUUGGCCAGUGCCCAAGCUCUGCCUGGCUAGACCACAACUGUGGCCACAACGAGGAUGCUGGAGUUAUCUGCUCAGAUGCAGAGGUGACUCCUUCACCCCCAGAAGGAAGUGACUCAUGUGGAGGUGUAAUUUCAAGUCUCUCGGGUUCCUUCUCCAGUCCUUGGUAUCCCACUAACUACCCCACUGACACGGAGUGUGUCUGGGAGAUACAUGUGGCGGAGAAUUUCAACAUAGAGCUGACGAUCCCAAGCCUGAAGUAA